AUGCUCCAGCUAUCAGGAAAAAUUGCUACUCUGCAGCGGCAACAGCUCGCUUGUCGCAUUUCUAGAAGUAUAUAUUCCAGUAAAAGUGUUCGGCUAACCUCAGAGUCUAACUAUAGAAAUUCUGAAUCUGAAGGGUUAAAGAAAGGAUAUGGUGAAAAAGAAAUUUACUUACUUCCUGACAUUCGAACACCUUUACCAAGCAAUAUGGGAAUUCCUCCAAUUUCUAUGUUCUCUAGAGACACUAAUCAAGAGUUUCCAAAACCAGCUGGUGAAAACUGUGAAAUAUUGACUAAGCAGUUGCCAGUUGAGAGGUAUCAAAAUAUUUGCAGUCAGGCUGCAAUAACAGCUGGGGCAGAAAUUUUAUUUGGUUCUGGUAAAACAGAAUAUGCAGGUUAUGAUUGUCCUGAACUUCUAAAGAGAGACUUUUUAGAUCUGUUUCCUCAUAGAGAUUUAAGGUAUGAUGAAAAUCUAACUGUAAUUACUAUUUGCCAAAAAACAGAAAAUGAUAUGAGUGUCUGGAGUGAAGCAAGUGAAGUUGAAAGUGUUAAACGUGAACAAUUUUUUGUCAUGGCUGCAAAUAUGGUAGUGGAUCAUUUAACUUCCUUCUACUACUGGGCAGAUUUUAUCCAUCCAUCUUCUGGCACUGUAGCAACAGAUAAACCUCGUUUUAACCAAUUAAAUAAUUCAUCUGUUCCUCUUACCAAUGCAACUAUGUAUCAAACUGAUUUAAGAUAUGCUCAUCUUGGUUUCACCAUUGAUGAUAUGGGAUGCUGUAGAAUCAUAUCACACCAUAAGUGGGGAACACAUAUUUUUGUGGGAGCCAUAUUCACUAAUGCCAAAUUAGAAAGCAAAGAAGUUCAAGUGUUAUUAAAUAAGGAACGUCUUUUGCAAGAAAAAUUAUAUUAAAUUAUAAUAUUUGUUUUUUUCCUUCUGUAUAUUAAAAAUUAAUUCUUUA